AUGAGCUCGUCGACCCACAAGCGACCACGCGUCGCCGUCAUCGGCACUGGUCUCGCAGGCCUGUCGACCGCCUACCUCCUCAAGCAGGCCCGUGCGACACGCACCGAUGGAUCGACCGUCGACUUUGACGUCCACCUCUUCGAGCGCAGCGACGCACUCGGCAUGGACACGGCUUCGCUCUCGAUCAAGGACGAGGACGGCUCGUACCGCGUCGACGUACCCAUGCGCUCCAUCAACGGCGGCUCGCACAGUCGCGUCCACACGCUGUACCGCAGCCUCAACGUGCCCCUUGUCAAGUCCGACUUUACCUACUCGUUCUCGCGCCUCGCUCGUUCCUCUCCCUCCCUUCCGUCGACCGCGCCCGACCACCUCCUCGCGGAACCCUCAUCGCCCUCGCUCCCGCCGACACCUCCACCCGAGUACCGCGAGCACGCCUCGUCUUCGCGCCCGCCGACGCCGCUCCACCACCACCAGCGGCCGACGCCCCGUCGCACGGGCCCGAGGGCCGCGCCCAAACGCGCCGCCCGGCCCCGCCAGACGACGGCGCUCCUGUACGAGGGCGCAUCGGGCCUGCGCCUCCCGCCCGCGUCCAUCCCGUCGCACCUGUCGCGCGCGCCGUGGCGCGCCCAGGCCGCCUACUGCGCCGACGUCGUCGCCUUCACGCUCGCGUACCUGUACCUCGUCGUGCUCGCCCUGUGGUACUGCGCGCUCGGACUCGCGUACCCGCCGCGCUCGCCGCCUGCGCCUUACACGUCGACCUCGCGCAUCAAGCGCACCCUGUCGCGCGUUGCGAAGGCCGUCGGCGCGACGGUCCCGCUGCGCAACGUCGCCCGCGAGCCACUGCUCGAGUGGUGCGCGCGGCACCGCGUCCCGCGGCGCUUCACGGACGACAUCCUCGUGCCGCUCAUGGCCGCCGUCGCGACCGUCGGCGUCGUCGAGGCGCGCACCAUGCCCGUCGGCGAGGUUCUCCAGUACGUCUCGUCAACCCUCGGCGCGUCUCACUACGUGACGGACCCGGCGUUCGGCGUGCGCGGCAUCGUCGCAGCCCUCGCGCGCCCAGUCCCGCCCUCGAACUUGCACCUCGGCGUCGAGAUCACGCGCCUCGAGCGCCUCGCGUCGUCGCCGUCCUCCUCGUCGUCGUCCCCGUCGGGCGGCGGCGGCGACGCAGGGUAUCGCCUGCACGUGCGCACGCAGGAAUUCGAGACGGGCGAGGACGUCGACCGCGUCCUCGAGUUUGAGCACCUCGUGUUCGCGACGCAAGCCGAUCAGGCUGCGCGCCUCGUGUCGACGCUCGCCAGCCCCAGCCCCGGCCCCGGCCCCGGCUCCGACGAGCACGAGCGCGUCCACGUCGACGACGACGAGCUCGCCGCGACGCUCGACGCCCUGCGCGCCUUCACGUACGUGCGCACGCUCGUCGUCACUCACACGGACGAGAGCGUGCUGCCCCCGGCGUCGAGCGACCGGCGCGACCUCAACCUCGUCGUCUAUGAGCGCGAGCCCGCGAUGGCGGCGGCGGCGGCUGGGGGCGAGGACGGCGAGGACGGCGAGGACGAGCAGGACGAAUGGGACGAGGCGCAGGGGCACCUCCCGCCCUCGUCGGUCGAGACGACGCACGUCAUCCUCUCGAGCCGGAAGGGCAGCAGCAGCAGCGUCGGCGGCCGGCCGCCGGCGGAGCGCACGGUCCUCCAGACGACCAACCCGCUCACGCCAAUCUCCGAGGCCCACACGCUCGCGAGCACGUGGUUCUCGCGCGCGUUCGUCACGCAGCGCAGCCAGCGCGCCGUCGGCGUCCUCGCUGCGCGGCACGGACACGAGCACGAGCGCGAGCACGAGCGGGGCCGACGGGCGGGAGGACCGAGGGCGCGAGGGCUGUGGUUCGCGGGGAGCUACCUCGCGAGCGGGAUCCCGCUCCUCGAAGGGUGCGUCACGAGCGCCGAGGCGGUCGUGCGCGGUGUCAUUGCGAGCGAGGGCGCGACGGUCGAGCGCUGGGCGUUCUGA